CAUCAGCACACCCACACGCACGCCGGCAAACAUAUGGAGUACUACUACUGCUUCCUCCUGCUCUGGAUCUGCAGCCAGCGCUUAGGAAUCCAUGACUGUUUCAACAUUGACACAAAAAACUACAGGGUCAUCAAGGGGCCUAAGCAGGCCCAGUUUGGAUACACUGUUCAGCAACAUGUGGCUGCCGGGGGAGAAAAAUGGUUAUUAGUGGGAGCACCAUAUGAAAUGAACGGCCCCUACCAGACGGGCGAUAUUUAUAAAUGUUCACUGAGCAAAAGAACUAAUGGCAAUGGCUGCUCCAAGCUCAAUCUAGGAAGGAUAUCUUUGACCAAUGUAUCAGAGCGAAAAGAUAAGAUGAGGCUGGGAAUGACUCUCACGUCUAACCCCAAAGACAACAGCUUUGUGGCCUGUGGGCCAUUAUGGUCCUAUGAGUGCGGCAGCUCUUACUACAGCACUGGCAUCUGCUCCAGGGUCAACGCGAGCUUUAAGUUCUCAAGAACCAUUGCUCCUGCCUUUCAGAGAUGUGAGACCUACAUGGAUAUAGUGAUCGUUCUGGAUGGUUCUAACUCCAUCUACCCUUGGUAUGAGGUGCAAGCUUUCCUCAUCAACAUCCUGCAGAAGUUCUAUAUUGGACCAGGUCAGAUACAGGUUGGGGUAGUUCAGUAUGGUGAGAAGGUGGUGCAUGAAUUCCAGCUCAGUGACUACAAAUCUGUUGAGGAAGUCGUGAAGAGAGCACGCAGUAUUGACCAGAGGGGCGGAGAGGAGACGAACACAGCUCUUGGCAUCAAUGUAGCACGCUCAGAGGCUUUCAAACAAGGAGGUCGGCGAGGUGCCAAGAAGGUGAUGAUAGUGAUAACAGAUGGAGAGUCACAUGACAGUCCAGAUCUCCAGCAGGCCAUUGAGGACAGUGAGAAGGACGGCAUCACCCGCUACGCCAUUGCUGUCCUUGGCUACUACAACCGUAGAGGAAUCAACCCUGAGGCCUUCCUCAAUGAAAUCAAGUACAUUGCCAGCGACCCAGAUGACAAGCACUUCUUUAAUGUGACGGAUGAGUCAGCUUUGAAGGAUAUUGUGGAUGCUCUUGGAGAACGCAUCUUCAGUUUGGAAGGAACCAGCAAGAAUGGGACCGCGUUUGGCCUCCAGAUGUCCCAGGCUGGGUUUUCUUCACACAACUUAGAGGACGGGACUCUGGUGGGUGCUGUGGGGGCUUAUGACUGGAAUGGAGCGGUGCUGAAGGAGACCCGACAGGGGAAAGUGGUCCCUCCCAAGUCUUCCUACACACAGGAGUUCCCUGAGGAGCUCAAGAACCACGGCGCCUACCUGGGUUACACUGUGACCUCUGUGGUGUCAGCCAGAAAUGGUCGUCUGCUUGUAGCUGGAGCCCCACGCUUUAACCACACAGGCAAAGUCAUCAUCUUCACCUUGAAGAACUCUGGCAACCUGACCAUCCUGCACUCCCUUAAAGGCCAGCAGAUUGGCUCCUACUACGGCAGUGAGAUUGCACCUGUGGAUAUAGAUGGAGAUGGCGUGACCGACAAUCUUUUGGUGGCAGCCCCCAUGUUCUUCAGCGGAGGCUUGGAGAAGGGCAAGGUCUACAUCUACAGAGUGACAGAGCUGAAUCGUUUCAUCCUGGAAGGGUCACUGGAGAUUCAUAACGGAGGCCAGAAUGCCCGGUUUGGCUCAUCACUAGCUCCUGUCCCUGACCUAAAUGGGGAUGGCUUCAACGAUUUGGUGGUGGGAGCUCCACUGGAAGAUGACCACAAAGGAGCCAUUUAUGUCUUCUUCAGCCAGCACAACAGGAUACUACGGAAAUACAAACAGAGGAUAGCAGCAGCGGACUUGGCUCCUGGCCUGCAGUACUUUGGCCGUAGCAUCCAUGGCAAAAUAGACAUGAACGAGGAUGGUUUAGUGGACUUGGCAGUAGGUUCCCUUGGUGCUGCUGUUCUCCUCUGGUCACGCAGUGUUGUCCGGAUAUACGCCAAUGUCAGGUUUGAGCCCAACAAGGUCAACAUCUUUGUGAAGGACUGUCAGCGAGGUGGCAAAGACGUGACCUGCAUGUCAGCCAUAGUUUGUCUCAACGUCACCGCCAGGACAGCCAUUCCUCCUACACAGGAAAUUGCAAUUAAAUACAACGUUUCCAUUGCGGAGCGGCGCUUCAACCCUCGGGCCAUUCUGGACAACCCUGACAAGCUGCAGCCUCACAACCUGACUCUCCUCCCUGGAGAGGAGACCUGCGAACACAUUUACUUCCAUGUCAUGGAGACCACAGACUAUGCAAGGCCCAUAGUGUUUGCUGCACAAGUUGGGCUGCAGGAUCCCGACCAGGGACCUAUUCUGGACGAAAGCUGGCCGACUGUUGUAAGAACUGAGCUGCCUUUCUGGAACGGCUGCGAUGAGGAUGACCGCUGCAUACCAGACCUAGCGCUGCAGAGUAUGACUGACCUGAUGACCCGAAAUCAGUUCUGCAAGCAGGCCAUACACUCCCGUGGUGCGUUCUGCCGCCGUGCAAGUGAGGGAGGGAUGGAAGGAUCCCAGCGGGUGUUGGAGGGAAACAGGAGGAGGAUGAUAGUGGACGCCCGACUGGAGAACAAAGGAGAGAACGCCUACGGUGCUCGCCUCAACAUCACCUACACACCCAACCUGCGCUUCUCCAGCCUCAUAAUCAAGGACAACUCUGACAUCAAGAUAGAAUGUUUCAGCGUGGACAAACUGAGGAAUGAGAGAAUCUGCAAUGUCAGCGCACCGUUCAUGAGGGCCAAAACUCAGGUGUCAUUUCGUCUGGAGUUGGAAUUCAGCCGUUCUGUCUUCCUAGAGCAUGUGAGAGUCAUCCUUGAGGCCAGCAGCGACGGGGAGGAGAUGAGCUCGGCAGAUAAUAUCAACGACAUCUAUUACUCACUGAAAUAUGAGGCCGACCUUCUGUUCACCAGGGAUUCUAAUCCGACACGAUAUGAGAUCAAAUCAGAACUGUCACUAGAGGAGCCUGGAGUCAUCGGCCCUCCAUUCAACUUCACUUUCCAGAUCCAGAACCUUGGCUUCUUUCCAGUAAAAGAUCUGCAGCUAAAUAUAGAAAUCCCAGAAAUGACAAAAAAUGGCAACCAGCUUCUGCAGAUAUCAGACUUCAGUAUUGACCAGAGAGAUGGUACCCACUGUAUCCCGCCUCAGCACGUGGCACAGAGCAGGGCAUCACCUGAGGACCUGUCCCGCUUCUCCCGCCUGAACCGAUCCAACACCCUAACUCUGCCUAUCCAAUGCACUGUCAACCUGGCCUCCUACAGAGAAGUCGCUGUCAGAAUCACAGGGACGCUACGAAUAGAUGCCCUCCAUGCGCUGAAGUUCAAGAUCCUGGAGCUUGUAACCAGUGCGUCAGUGGAGCUCCCCUCCUCUAGCCCCAUGUUUUUACAUGAGGAACGGCCCGUCAGACAUAUAACCCUGGAGAUCAGGAAGGAGGGAGAUUACAGAAUCCCUAUCUGGAUUAUCAUAGGUAGUACUCUGGGAGGACUCCUGCUGUUAGCCCUGCUCAGUCUUGCUCUAUGGAAGCUGGGCUUCUUUCAGAGGCAGAAGAGGAGAGAUGAGGAUGAGCAGGAGGUAAACGGGAAAGUGGCUGAAGAGCGGUAACGCAGGCUAAGGGCCCCCACAAGAGACACCUUUUCCACAGGGGACCCAACACUCAGGGACCAUCCCACCUCCCCUCGCUCCCCAAAACCACAGUGGCACAGCGCAGAUAGCUCUGCAAGACGGCUGAAGCAAGACUUGCUCAGUGCACUGGAUCUGUCCCGUGCCACGACCCCUGACCCCCACGAGUCAGCACUGUCACACUCACCCAGCAUUCCUGCACUGUUGCAACACUAGGGCCCUCAUUGUCCAUGUAGUCCAAUGCCCUAGGUGUUGUCCCUUCAUAAACCUUGGAGCUCUGCUUUUCUGGGCUAAAGGCUGGGGCUUUGGUGCUUUUUCUGGCCACAUGAAAGAGGAAGAGAGCAAGUUUUUGGUUGAUUUGUUCAAAGAAUUUCAGGCCAGAAUUUGCCCUUAAGGCAAGCGUUAGCCAAUAGCUUUUUUUCUUCGUCUCUUCCUGAUGAGUAUUUAUUUAACUCUUAUGGUUAAUUUUAAAGUACAUGGAAAACCUCAAGGGUGACGAGCCACCCGAAAAAGCUUCCAGAAAUGUAAAGUUAUUAUACUGUAUAUUGCUAAAGAAUUCAAAUUUUAACAGAUUGUUAUCAGCAACAAGUUCAGUUGACUUGGAAAGUAAUUUAUGAAGAAACAAAACUGAACUAAAGUCACCAGAGAACAAAGAGGAUUCAUAAUUUUCUAACUUACAAAGGCGUCUUUGAGCUUUUGUGUCUGAGGAACUUGUACAGAGAGAGAGUUUUUGUGUUAAGUUCCCCUGAACAUGCAUCCUCUUUUUGGAGUUUAUUCCUUGUCCUUUAAUAUUUUCAUCCUUGGAAAUAUGCAGGAUGUUUUUUAAAAAACAUUUGAUGCACUUUUGUUUUGUAGAAAAUUUAACUUGAAUUUUGUAAAUAGUCAAGUACCUUUUUAUACCUUAUCAAUUAUAAUAUUGGUUUUCAGUAUUUUCCACACAGUUUAUGGCAUUACUUUAUAACUUUAGCAACAAGGCAGAUAAAAAUGAGUCAGCUUUGGGUCACUAAACGUGUUGUGAGAUGAUGGCUGUCUGUACUCCAACAUGCUUUGCAUCAGAACAAAUAGCCUUUGUUAAAGGGUAUGCAUAAAAUUCUGCUUUGCCCACCAAGUCCACCUAUAUUUUAUAUGCUAUUGAGGCAACUUGUUUAGGAUUUCAACAAACUAACAGAUUGUGAAGAAUUGUACCCAGAUGAUAAUGAGUUGCCAUAAAGAUCAGACCAGAAAUGUACAUUUCUUACUGUAUAUCAGCAUUUUGUUGCUGAAAUCCCUUCUGGAGUUACCAAUGAAUGUCAGUGUCCUAUCUGAUGAGGUGUGAAGAGUUGUAA